AUGCUGCCCGCCCCGCACCUCGUCCUGCCCCAGACACAGGAGGCCAUGCUGCACUCUGCCCACGCCGUCCCUGCCCAAGACUCGGAGAGGACGCCCAGGUAUGGCCGCGGCUCUCCCUCUUCUCCCGAACACUCUGGGGAAAAAAAGGAGACUACGCCGACAACGCUGCCUCUUUGUGAUACCGCAGUCCCCCAGGCUGCCUCCACCUCGCCUUCAGCUGGAUUGGCACUCAAGAAAAGACCAACAGCCAAGGCAAAAGACGGCGAGACCCGGCGUAGUACGCGUCGACGAGGUGAAUGCAAAGAUAAGAGGAUCAUGGAACGAUCCCGCCCUGCCCCAGCAUGGCUCACUGGCUCAGCCCCAGCCAUCCACCCUCCUCCUCCCAGCACACACUUUUUCCCUCAACUAAUCUCUCAAGUCCGGACAGUACCCGUCACUCGACCAGACUCGACGUCUCCUGCUUCUUCUUCAACCCUGAAGCAGAGAAGGGCAUCAGUACCCAGUGUUGUAUCGCACAACACCGGGAGAGUGGCAGAGGAUGAGCAGCCCAUAGAUGUUUUGCGCCUCGCAGCCUAUCUUGCUGGCGGACAGUCUUCUGCUCCAGGGCCUCUUGGGAAGAGUCAACGUGUGGGCGGUCUCUACGUCGACCCGAUAUACACUGCCGUCUCCCCUUCACCUUCCCCAUCCCCCGACGCUUACCCCUCAUCCACCCCUCCUGCCUCUUCCACCGACUGCUCAGCGUCCACUCCCUACCUAUCGUCUACGGCCAGUACCAGCACCGCUCCAAACUGGGCUUCCAGCCCGGUCCUCCGCCGCGCGAGCGAACCCAACACAGCCUCAUCCUACACUCCCCUGCACGCCGCUACACCGUCAACCAUCAACACCGUCUCCACCUCCCACACCACCACUUUCCAAACACCCCGCCAGGUAUCGAGCUGUACGGCUCCAUGGGCAAGUGUGCCGAUCCCUUCUUCGGCUGCUUCGUCUUCUGCGGGGGCUAUGUUUGGGAGUUGGCAGGGCUGGCAAGGGCAGGGGCAAGGGUAUGGGGGGUGGACGUUACCGACUGUGACGGAGAGGCAUCUUUUGGACGGAGAGGCGUCGGCGUCGAAAUGGAGGACGUCGACGGUCUCGGUGGGGUGUCAUCCAUACAUUCUACCGUCACCGAUGGAUAUGGGAUGGACGUCUUCUUCUUCAACUUCGUCUUCUUCCGAGUUUUCUGGUGGUGAUUCGCAGCGUAAUUCUAUCAGUAGCACGGCAGGACCGAGUACACCCGGGUCAACAAGUCCUUAUCUCUAUCCUUCGUUCUACGACUUUGCCUCGGGGGCUUCCGGCAGUUCUGCUGCUCCCGCUCUGCCCCCUGCGCCUGCUCCUAUCCCCGCGGUAGAACCAACAUACCCCUCCCAGGCGUCUUAUCUUCCGGCCCCGCCUUCAUACCCCCCAGAGCCUCCGAUGGGCACCUACUUGGCCCCCUCCCAAUCCAAUUUCUCGUCAGAUCACGCGUUUUCGAGCUAUCACUGGCCGGCAUCAACUUCUACAGCUCCUACCUCUACAUCCACAUGUGCAGCUCCGCUUGCACCACCACCUCAUCUCCCGCCUCCCCACGUCGCGCCCACAACAACGACGACAGUGCCAAACUACCCAAACUACCCAAGCGCACCGCUCUCCCCGCCGCCUGAACAGGGGGUAUACAAACUCCCCCCGUUCCCUGCUCCUCUUCCCCCUCUGCCCGCUACGUGCAGUACCAGCGCAAAUGGGGAUGGGGAUGGGUCUGCACCGGCUUGGAGCGUCAUUCCUGUUGACGGGCGUCAACCUGGGGAAGGGGUGAGGGAAUUGGAAUUGAGUGGGUACGGUGAUCCGGCGUUGGGGAUGGAAGGUGUGAGUGGGAUGGAUGGGAUGGGGCAUUCGUCAGCACCUGGUGGGAAGGUGUACAACUAUCAGGACACAUUCCUGUGCGAGAUUAUGCGCGGGAGUAGGGGUUCAACAUCCCAGGUCGUCGGUGAUCAUACGAUACAUUGA